AUGCAAAUUAUUACCUCACUCACCAAACGGCCCCCAUCUUAUUUGACUCUUGGCGGGGGGAGGAAUAUUUCACUCACUAACCAGGGGGGCGGGGGUACGGGAAGCAAUCGACCGGUAGACACGGCCCCGCCCGGCACCUUGGUUCCGUGCCGUGAUCGGCUCCGACGGCCGACCUUCCCGACCAACACUCACCGUUUGUGGCAUCGCCACUACAUUCUUGCCUGGACUAUCCGGAAUCUUCAACCGAGCCUUUUGCGUUCCAAUGCAGGCUACGUGGCGUCGACCCCGGAUUUGGUGGCCGGGCAGAUGGCCCAGGGUACUCCAGAAUGCCGUGGGCCGGCAAUCGAAGCCUCACCGUUGCCUAAGCCUAGCUGUCAUCUUGAUCUGUGUUUCUAUUUUAAGCACCCUCUCACCACCGGUGUUGCAUUCUCGAGUUCAUUGAAGCUCUUCAGAGGCUUCGCCAUCAUAAGAUAUGCAAGUCUCGGGGCUCCAGGCCAGUGCCGUAUCCACAAACUCGACAUUCUUGCCAUUUCGCCGGCAACAUCAACACCAACCACCACAAUUGUGCGGCACUUCCAAAGCCUGAGAGAUCAACAGCCGCCAUCCAGAUCAACGAAGAAACAUGUGAAAGGAGUCUGGCCCCAUCCAUCAUGCGGGGUCGGAUUGGACGGGAUCGUUCCCGUGCUCACAGGGGCUGCGCCACGCUCUGAAUGCCCUCGAUUGCUAUUUCAUACGCUUUCAGGUUGA